UUCAUUUCAUUCAGUGUUCUUCUCAAUUGAAGAAUACAAAAUUACAAAUAAUAUGAAUUCUCAACAAUUCUAGAUUCUCUUUUUUAAAAACAAGUUGUUUCUCUCACUUCUAUCACUUAAUCGAUCCCCAAUGGCUCCAACCCUUUCAUCCAGUGCAUUUAUCACUCCUCAACACAGCCUCACCCUAAGGAAUCCAAGGCUGUCCAUUUACGCCGCCACAAAGAACGGCGCCGGAGGAUCCUUCCCGUCGUUCCGUCUGGGGAAAUUGGGUGUCGGAUCUUCUUCCGAUGAGGAAGCCAGUCAGGGAAGCGAUUCGGGGAAUUCGACGACGACCCCUUUCUCAUUUAAUUUUGGUAAGUUAUCGUCGGACGUUAAAUCUCUUGUCCCUGUUCUUUCUAAGCCGGCGGCGGGCUUGUCGUUUGGUCAGUCAAGGAAGAAGGAUUCCGGCACCGUGUUUGUGGCUGGCGCGACGGGUCAGGCUGGAAUCCGCAUUGCCCAAACAUUGCUCAGGGAAGGAUUUAAUGUUAGAGCCGGCGUGCCGGACCUUGGUUCUGCUCAAGAAUUGGCUCGUCUUGCCGCUGCUUAUAAGUUAAUCUCCAGUGAAGAAUCACGGCGUCUCAACGCCGUGGAAUCCACCUUCCAAGAUGCGGAAUCGAUUGCCAAGGCGAUCGGGAACGCAAGCAAGGUCGUUGUUACCAUCGGUCAGGCCGAGAAUGGUCCCGUCGGUGAGGUCACAACUUCGGACGCUUUGCAGGUUAUUGAAGCUGCUCAAAUCGCUGGUGUUACCCACGUGGCCAUCGUUUACGACGGAUCCAUUUCGACUGCAUCGACCUACAACGUAUUGGACGGCAUCCAAACCUUCUUUAACAACUUCUUCUCUCGAUCUCAGCCAUUGACGAUUAACGAGUUCCUUCAGAAGUUGGUGGCAACUGACGUAAGUUACACUCUCAUGAAGACGAGUUUGACUGAUGAUUACUCACCCGAGGGUUCCUUCAAUGUUGUCGUUUCAGCCGAACGGAAUGGCGCCGUCGACUCGAACGACUACAAAGUAUCCACGUCAAAGAUAGCAUCCCUUGUGGCCAAUGUUUUCUCAAACACUUCGGUGACAGAAAAUAAGGUUGUAGAAGUUUCCUCUGACCCAUCGGCUCCAUCAAAGUCUGCAGAUGAGCUUUUCAGUGGCAUUCCUGAAGAUGGAAGAAGAAAAGCAUACUUGGAAGCCUUAGAGAAGGCAAAGACAGAGGAACUGGAAAGAAAAUCUAGUGAAGAAGCUGUUAAAGCUGCUAAAACAAAGGAGAAAGAGGUGAAAAGGAUAGAAGAAGAGCCAGAAGAGGUGGAGUCAAAUGGAGGAGUUUCAGUUGAAAGUAUGUUGGAUAAGGCAAAAGGGUUUGGCUCUGGGCUGUCUUGGGAGAAAUUCAGUUCUCAGUUGACUGCAGCUGCAGCUGCCCAAAAACAGGUCAUUGAAAAAUCCAAAGCUCAGAUUGCUACGGUUAGAGGUCAGGCAAAGGCAAGGAACCUGCCUUCUAAAAAGGCAGUUAUCAAGCAACCUCCUGCUCAAAAAAAUUCAGUUUUCAGACCAAAGUCGGAGCCAAAGGAAAAACAGAGUGAUGAGAAGAAAGAAGUAAGGAAAGUUUUUGGUGGGUUGUUUAAGCAAGAAACCAUUUACAUUGAUGAUGUCUGAGAUCGAUGAUGCUGAACACUUAUCUUCUCUAUUGGAUUGAAUGGUAUAUUUUCUUUUUUGUUUUUGCUAGUAUUCUAACUGAUGAUGUUGAAGGAUCGGAAUAAUCAUGAGCCUUGCAAGAUAAAUUUGUAUAUUUUGGCAUACUGGUUAAAGCCACAAUAAUAUCAUUAUUUGUU